AUGCUGAACGAGCAUGACUUUGUUGAGAAGCGUCGUGAGGCUCUUGACCUGCUGCUGGUGUUGGAGGAUAUGCGCGCGCAGCCAGGGCUGAUCAACUGGGGUAUGCCUGGUAUGUACGACCUGCCAAACCUCCAGUUCCUCGACAACAGCUGGCUGCAACCAACGCCGUACCAGGCUCUCAUCGACGGGCAUGAGGUGCGAAUAACCCGCAUACGCACUAUGGUGCGGCCGGAGCUAUUGCAAGACAUGAUGGACCGCAUCAAGCACUUUAUCGAUGCUCCGAUAACAUUGCCCGAAGGGGACUCGCCGUCACCGACCAAGCGGGUAUCGGCCUUCCAGCCUUCCAGCCGGCGUGCUUCAAUGGUUUCACCAACGCCUGUCUGGCCGCAUAUUCUUCGCACUGCGCCAAGUCCAAUGCAGGGCGCGGCUACGCAGGAUGCAAUCCCUGAGGAGCGCAGCGGCAGCACGAGCAAUGACAGUCACAAGCAGCAACCACCUCAGCCCAAAGUCAUGGUGCGAGCGUUCGCGCAGCGUAUGCACAAGGGCUUCUUUUUGCGGGGGUGCUUGGGAUCUGGAAAGAGUCACCUGCUUCUGCUGUUCGCCGUGUACCUGCGGCUGGUGUACACGAAUGUGCGCACGGUAUAUAUUGGCGACUGCGGGGAGUGGGACAAGUGCGAUUCUGCCUAUGACUACAUUGAGCUCAUUCUUGAAGCCAUUGCCUGCUCGCUUGUCGACCACGAGGCCAUCCUGGGCGAAAUCGAUGCAUAUGCGAGUAUUGUCCAGCAGGCACAGCUCAAACUUGUCUUCAUCUAUGACAACCAGCUCUACGAGCGUAUUGCCUACCGCACACUAAUGAACCUCAAGCGCCGUACACCGUGCUUUGCAGUGUUUAGCUCGUUUGACGACAACAUCACGGAGGAAAUCAAGCGCCGGUUCACAUCGACACACCUGUACAUCAACUCGUCGUUUUCGCGCGAAGAGGGCGUUGUUUUCAUGCAGGAGAGGCCGGUCAAGAACACGUGGUUCCAUCCAAACGAGCUGCGUCGGCUAUGCCGCUCUAUGACUGCUCGAAGGGUUGCCAAUGAGCGUGACUUCAUGCGUGCUGCGCAGCAGUUUCGUGAAGAGGAGUCAUUCACCCUGCGUCCGCGUCCAUACUCGUCGCACACGACUGUUGACAACGACAUUAAGAUGACAAUUUUCUGCGUCUACUUUUCGUUCCCUUGCGAGAACCCUGUGGUUGACUGGAACUUUAUCGACACCAGUGGCAUUGAGGAUGGCGUCUUGCGGUUCUCAUGUCCGCGCGUUGCCAAUCUGGUGUUUGCGGAACAGAUUGGCGACGAGAAGCAGGCAUUUGAGCAAAUCGGCAUGCUGAUUGGGGACACUGACGAGGCCAGGCACCAGCUGGCCGUGGCAGCAAUCCGCUGGAUCCUGGACAAGACGGGGGAACUGAUUGAAGAAAGAUCGCUGCGCAUGCGAAGCCGCGAUAUGCUGCGGUACAUGGAUGUGCGCAUCGAACGAAUCCGGGCAUUGGAUGUGGACGAAAUGCUUGACAAAAUGUAUGCUGGAGCAUCUACGUUGGACACCAACUCUGCCAUUGUCUUCUACUAG